AUGGUGAUUACUAUUGAGACUUGGUCCACGAUUUCAGAAAGUAAGAUAGUUUCAGUUGGUACAGUGAGUGCACAGCACACGGACACAACAGAUAAAUACAACUCUACUUUCUUUCCUUCUCUGAAUCGCACCAAAACCGUUUUUCCCUCUCAUCUAUUCAAAUUUCCUGGAAUUUGCAAUUCUGGGGCGUGUCUGAAUGAAGUCGAGCUGCAGGAUCCUCUGUGUUCUUCUUCUCCGGUACUCAUGAUCGUUUUUGACUGA